GGUCUAGGGGUAUGAUUCUCGCUUCGGGUGCGAGAGGUCCCGGGUUCAAAUCCCGGACGAGCCCACAAAUUUUAGGUUUCUGUUUAAACAGGAUAACAAUGGAAGCACUAAGCUGUAUGAUUUGUUAUACUGACACAGCUCGGUCGUGAAUUAAAUUUACAUUACAGUUAAUAUACCGCGAAAACGCUGUAAUUCAACAUCAGUUAUCUUGCUAAUACCUGACACCAGAACUAAAGUAGGAAAAUCUGAGCGGCUUUUUCAUUUAUAAUCCAAUACCCUGCACUGUGGUGUUUAUUUCUAGGGAUCCUAUGAAGUCUAAUCAUAUUAUUGCUUGUUUCUUUGAUUUUGACUCGUUUUUAAAAGACAUUUCUCGCGACAGAAGCUGUAGCAUUAUGGGUCGUGUGUCGAAAUGCAUUCUGGGACAGCAGUUCCGUGCUUUGUUAGCUGCUUAGCUAGCUAGCUGUGCAGUAGCUGUGCGCUGAUAUAGAGGGAAAAUACAACCCUGUUCAGUUUUAAUACACUUAAAAUAAUGCUUGGACUGUAAACAGUAAGAGGUUAUUUAUACUAGUUUCAUAAACAAUGCCAAAUUUUUGCGCGGCUCCAAACUGCACCCGGAAAAGCACUCAGUCUGAUCUGGCUUUCUUUAGGUUUCCCAGAGACCCUGAGAGAUGUAGGCUGUGGGUAGAGAACUGUCGCCGUGCAGAUCUCGAAGAGAAAACUCCUGAUCAGCUAAACAAACAUUACAGACUAUGUGCGAAGCACUUUGAGCCAGCAAUGAUUUGUAAAACGAGCCCUUACAGGACUGUGCUGAGAGAUACUGCUAUUCCUACCAUUUUUGAUUUAACCAGCCACCUCAGUAAUCCACACAGCAGACAUCGGAAACGCAUCAAGAUUUUGACCGAUGAAGAAGUACGAAAAAUCAAAGAGCGAAGAUUGGAGUCUUCAAUAGAACAGUUUCUCUCAAAAAAGGAAAAAACUGCUGGUGAGGAUGACGCAGAGGUUGAUGAUGUACCCCAGUUGACUGCUCAUCAGAAAGAGCUAAGAGAGUUCUUAAGGUCUUUGUUUGAAGUGAUUGUUUUAAUAGGAAAACAAAACAUCUCAUUGAGUUACCAGUCAAAAGACGAGCCGUUUGUCAUGAGCACAUUCCAGGCUUUGCUGGAAAACCGCAUUAAUGCUGGCGAUGAAGUUCUUAGAGCACGGUUUGAAACAGCAGCUGUUAAUGAGGAAUUUUGGCCAGGAGCACAGCAGAAGCAACUGCUGGAUGUGUGUGAGAGAUGCGUUCGCGAUGAGCUUCUGCAGGAAGUACGAGAGAGCCGUUUCUUUUCGCUGGUGACUGGGGAGCUGGUGGAAUUUCCAGAAGGUCAGCACAUCCCGGUGUACUUGCGUUUUGUGGACCAAAGUAACACUCUCAGGGAGGAGUUUGUAGAGUUCCUCUCGUUUGACGGAGACGAGCAGUCUAUGGCAGACAAAUUGGAGUCUCACAUCAUGAAGGAAUGGGAUCUGAGCAUGGAGCACUGCAGAAGUCAAGCACAUGCAGGUUCUGGUGUCUUUGGCAGUAAGAUGAAAGCCAUAGCCAACCAGCUUAUGGAGAAAUACCCAAUGGCCAUGAACACACCAUGUGCAACCUAUGCACUUAACGUACAUCUAGCUAACAGUAUUUCGCUGACUGGUGUUCAAGUCGUGAUGUCGGUUCUUAAAAAGACAGAUGCCUUCUUUAAGUCUUCUCCACUUCUGCAGGCUGAACUAGACAGCGCCAUCUCCAUACUCUCUCAAGGCAACAUAGAGAAAGGAGACGAUCUCAAAGAGACCUGUCGUGCCACCUGGACAGAGCUGCAUAAUGUGUUUGAGAUGGCUGUUGAUUUGUUAGAGCCACUUCUGCUCUGCAUGGACAGCAUACAUGACAACGAAGACUUGAAAUGGAAUGACCAAUUCACUAGCGAUGCGUAUGCCAUCUCGGAGGCUUUGGCUGACUUUGAGUUUGUCGUUACUCUGGUCGUAAUGAAGAAUGCUCUCUCGUUCACAAGAGCCUUUGGUAAAAACUUGCAAGGAGAGACUCUUGAUGUGUAUUUUGCGGCCAGCAGCCUCACGGCCGUCUUGCAUUCUUUGCAUGAGGUUCUGGACAACAUUGAAGUUUACCAUGAAUUCUGGUUUGAGGAAGCUGUAAAUCUGGCCACAGCGAUGGAGAUCCCAGUCAAAGUGCCCAGACUGUUCCUCAGAAAGCAACGGGCGAUGGAAACAGUAGAAAUACAGGCUGAGUACUUUUACAAAGAAUACUUGACUCUUCCGCUCAUGGAGCACAUCACUCAGGAAGUGAAGGACAUGUUUUCGGAUAACCAUAUCAGGGCUCUUAAGUGCCUGUCUCUUGUUCCAGCAGUCAUGGGCCAGAUGAAAUUUAACACGUCGGAGGAAGCCCAUGCGGACAUAUUCAGGAGCGAUCUUCCUCAGCCAGACACACUGCCUGCAGAGCUUCACUGCUGGAGGAUCAAAUGGAAACACAGGGGAAAGGAAGUCAACCUGCCAUGCACCAUUCAUGAAACAUUGCAGCACUCAGACGUCAAGUUCUUCCCAAACGUCAAUGCAUUCCUGAGAAUUCUGGCCUCUUUACCUGUGUUGACGUUUGGGGGUCAGGGAUGCACUGGACAGAAACGCCUACAGGCUUACCUUUCAGACACACCAGUGAGGCACAGGUCAAAGAGUUUGGCUGUGCUAAAUAUCAAUUAUCAUGUUAAAAUAGAUCUAGAUGAAAUGGUUGAAUGUUACAUCAAAAGUUACCCAGAAGAAGAAAGUGAUUAAAUGAACAGUGGCCUUUACAGAGACUUAACAGUGAAAGACUUCUCUGAAUCACACUGUGGUUAUGAGCAUAGGGUAGAUUAAAUUAUUUAUAUUUUUCUAACUGGUGUAUAUAAUUUGACAUUUUGCAGGCUUAAUAUUUUGUGUCCAGUAGUCAUUACAGUGUUAAAUGUAUUUAUACUGUUUUAUCUUAUAAAGACCGUAUGAGCCUAAAUGCAUUUAAUCAAAUGGGUAUAAAUUAGUGUGUAAAAAAUUUUACCUGUGUGAAACUGGACUAAUAUGUGAGAGUGAAAAAGUUAACAGUCUGAAACAUGACAAAUGUUGCAUUGUUUUUAAAUCUGUACUUCAUUUACAGUGUAAAUAAAUGUGACUGAUUUUUAA